AUGUCUCAGAGAUCUCCGGCUAAAUCUUGGACCCGGGUCACAGGGAAUAAUUACCCGACCCGAAGAAGAACCGAUCAAUCUCCUCGUAAGAGAAACACCGGUACGUGUAAUGGAGCGAGAUUCGGUUCGGGUACGUGUAAUGGUGAGAGAUCCGGAAGAAGGACGAGAUCACCGGCAACGAACAGAUCCAUGAUGGAUUCGAAUCAGAGUCGGGUGGGUGGGGCAGGGACUAUGAAAAACAAUCAGCCUCCGGCUCGGGUUAGGCUAGAUCCGAGCAAAAACGGGUCGGAUCAGCAACAGUAUCAGAAUUACGGUUAUACCACUGAGGAAUUGUUAGAGAACCCGCUUGUUGCGUAG